CAAUGGUGCUGUUUUUAGUUCCGAUUCUUCACAACUUGUUGUUAGGCACGGUACUAGUGACACCCACUAAUCGCCUUAGACCUCCCCCACCGCCCUCUUCUUCCUCCUCCUCCUCGUCGAGUCCACGCGUGGGAGCCAAGGACCAAAAUGGAGCGUGUGCCUUUAAGGCUUGUGACUGACGCCCCGUGUUAGCCCGCACACACACACAUACACUGUCCGAACCGAACCCGAACCACUCGAAAAGAAAAGACUUCUCAGCGCAUCCUGGUGUUCCUGUGCCGUGCAGGUGAGCCAUCAGGAUGAGGCCUGGUCAGCUGAUCCGUCCCGCCUCUGCCGCCGCCACGCUCCUUGUCACCCUCCUCUCCACGCUGUCUCUCACCUCGGGCUGCAACAAAGCUCUGUGCGCCAGCGACGUCAGCAAGUGCCUGAUCCAGGAGCUGUGCCAGUGCCGCCCUACCGACGGCAACUGUUCGUGCUGCAAGGAGUGCAUGCUGUGCCUGGGCCACCUGUGGGAGGAGUGCUGCGACUGCGUAGGAAUGUGCAACCCCAAGAACUACAGCGACUCUCCGGCCACGUCCAAGAGCACGGUGGAGGAGCUACACCGGCCCAUCCCGUCGCUCUUCCGCGCCCUCACUGAGGGCGACGCGCCCGUCAACAUGAUGGUGGUCUCCUUCCCCGUGGCCGAGGAGCUGUCCCACCACGAGAACCUGGUCUCCUUCCUGGAGUCGCUGGACGGCCCGCACCGCAACGUCUCGGUGCCCGCCAACAGCAUCCACGCCAGCUAUGACGCGCAAGAGAACAUGUGCACGGUGGUGUACUUUGACGACUGCGUGUCCAUCCGCCAGUGCAAGCUGUACUGCGAGUCCAUGGGCGGCUCUAAGUACCGCUGGUUCCACAACGCCUGUUGCCAGUGCAUCGGGCCCGAGUGCGUCGACUACGGCAGCAAAGCCGUCAAGUGCAUGAACUGCCUCUUCUGAGCCUGCCCUGUCCGGCCCUGUCCCUGAACUGCUCCACGGGACUACAACCCCCCUCUCACACUGCCGUUUUCUGCCUUUUCAGUGUCGCUCUUUUAUGUUCACGGCACCGGCGCUCAAAAUUGAUCGGACCGAGCUAAGCCAGCAUUUGCCAACCGACUCAAAGCAAUCCUGUUUCGACACCCGCGUCGCUUCUCCCCUCUGUUAUGAUGAAAACGAUCCUAAACAGGCCGAAAAUCCUCCGCCAGGCCCUGGCAAUUUUCCGUCUCUUCAGAGCAUUAAUAAAGGCCAGGGGGGGGGACAUUUUCAAAGUUUAGUCCGCAACCGUUACUUCUCACAGCGCGGAUGUAAAAAAGGGUAAAAAAAACAAAAACUGGAUAUUUUGUUACCACACCGAUGCAGGAAUCUUGCGGCAUCUCUUUAUAAAAGACAAAUGGAGAUCAAUUCCGCUGCUUUCUUGUAUGGCUCCGAUGCGCGAAUCUGGCUGGGUCUGUGCAUCAAAGACAAUGCAACACUCCUGUGUUUUUUCCACGUAAAAGGCAACGUUGGUUGACUUGCAUUGGUUUCUGUCAACUGCUCGGUAAUCCCGCCAUUGCCAUCAGUCCCUGCAAAUGUUUUUAGUCUGCUGUUGUCUGCCACUGUAUAGUUUUCUAUUCGUGUUUAUUUUGACUCGAGGUGUAUUUGAUACUAUAUGAUGUCUAAUGUAUUUUUACAUGCUCCAAUCCUUCCAUUUCUCCCACCAAAAUAAAACCUUUUGGUGACGUGGACUUCAAGAGACGCAGAGAGAAAGUA